UUCAUCUCAAGAAACACAUUUAUUGGUGUGACUAACAUCGGCUUCCGAAAGGAUCGCAGCCGAAACUAAGUGACUCAUUAUUAUUUUUUUUCACUUGUAAGGCGAGUCAGUAUUGACACGCGUUUCCUUUUUCAAUCUGGAUUUACGAACACCAACUUCAAAGUCAAGAAUGGAGCAUUCGCUUUAUUCUGACUCGGAUGCCCCUGAUUCAGUUGUCAAUAAGUUGAAACGGACUAUGACAUUGGACUUUAAUUCGAGCUCAGCUACUAAACAGAAGAAAUUAGCAACAGUGUUAGCAUCUCCAGACCUUAACAUGUUAAAAUUGGCUUCACCAGAGCUUGAAAAGAUGAUUAUUCAAGCAAAUGGAAUGGUAACAACGACGCCUACUCCGACACAGUUCAUAUUUCCGAAAUUCGUCACGGAAGAACAAGAGGCUUAUGCAAGAGGUUUCGUUGAUGCUCUUGCCGAACUCCAGAGCAGCGGUGCACUGUCAGCCAAUCGUACUCAGGAAUUGAGUAGGACAUUUACUACAUUAACUGUUCCAACGGCUCUAUCACAGAGCGCUACAGUGCCAACUUCAGCGGCGGCAGCGGUAUUCGCCGCUGCUGCAAAUGAACUUACAGCAACAACAACACUGCCUGGUGGGCAUAUUGCUAGACUCCCAUCCGUUGUGAGCCAACCAAAGACAGGCCUCCCCACAUCAAAAGCCAAUAUACCUUCGGAGUCACGUAUACCGCAGAUCAAGGAUGAACCACAGACUGUUCCGUGUUUAAGUUCUUCGCCACCCCUUUCCCCUAUAAAUAUGGAAUCUCAGGAAAAAAUUAAACUUGAACGCAAACGUGCCCGUAAUAGGGUAGCAGCAAGGAAAUGUCGCACCAGAAAAUUAGAAAGGAUUUCUAGAUUAGAAGACCGAGUGAAGGAGUUAAAAGGACAGAAUAGUGAUCUUGUAAAUACAGCUACUAGUCUCAGAGAUCAAGUUAUGAAACUCAAACAACAAAUUGUUGAACAUGUUAAUAAUGGUUGUCAAAUCAUGAUGGCACAAAAUAUUGCAUUUUGACAUUUCAGAAGUACAGUUUGUGAAAAAACAAUUUUGUGUCUGUAAGGUUCAGUUAUUAAAUACCUAUUUCUCGUUUGGACUAAAUAAAUUCUCAAAGUGACUAUUUAAUCUAAUUGAACAAUUCGAAUUAGCAUAGAGUGUGACAGAAUGUGUUUUUAUUUCAAACUUUGGUUUUGUUUUUAAGGAUUAAAAAUCUUUUUUUUUUUGUUAAAUUUACAUUAAAAAUUAAAGAUAGGAGCUUUUUUUUCCAUUUUAGUGCUUCCAUAGUAUGAUUGUGAUUGGACCAUGUGUGCUAAGUACAUAUGUAUCUCAUUUUAUGCACAUUUUGCAUUGUACAUAUAUUAUAUUCUUGUUAUAGAAAUUACAUUUUUAUGUAAGUUUCUUUUCCUUACAUUAAGAAAACUAAACUGUUAUAUCUUUUACCUUUCUCCCUGAUUUUAUUUCUAUGGUAAAUAAUGAUCAGAUGCUGAUGUAAACUGUACAAAUUUUGUCCACAUUAAUAUAUAUUUGUUUCAUCUCUUGUUAUGACUUUCUUGCUUAUUGAACAUGUGAUACUUUUAAAAUGACCUUUUUUUAUGAAAUCAAUACAGUUGCAAUUACCAUGAAUACA